UAUACAUACACAGAAAUACACACGCACAGGCACAUGUACAUACAGACACAUGUAAAUACAUACACAGACACAUGUACGUACAUACACACAAACACACACACAUACAGUACAUGUACAUACACGCAGACACAUGUACAGAUACACACAUGUACAUACACACAGACACAUGUACAAUUGUACAUGCAUACACAAACAUACACACACAUGUACACACACACACCCCCCACCCAUAAAAAGUUGCAGUACUUCGUUAUUCACUCACAGAUCCGGGUACUGCACUCUAGGGGGAGGCAGAGAGCACAGCACACACUCCUUGCUUUGCUUUCACUGCGCUCAGCUAUUGAGCAGUCUGAUGGCUGCCAGUGCCAAUUACAGAUCCGGCCUGAGCUACGAGCCUGCUCAGCAAGGCGGUCCUGGGGGACACAUUCGCCCCCACCAUAAUUUCCAUCUCACCAUUGGCGAGCAGGCGAGUGGAAAUUUCAAGCCCUGAGUUAAAGUGU